AGGAACAGACGAAGUAGAGACCUGCUCACACACAGACACACACACUCUCUCUCUCUCUCACUCUCUCAAACACACACACACACACACACUCACACACACGAGCACUCACCCCCUCUCUCUCUCUCUCCCCUUUUUCUCUUGCGCUCGCAGCGAGAGGGGACGCGAAGGGAAGAAUGAGGAAGAAGUCCGCCGUGCUGCGCGCCUCGUCCCAACAAAUGCGGGUUUGCUGAUAAAGCGCCGCUCCGGUCACCCGAUCAUACAGGUCUCACAGGUCACGCUGUAUGGAAACGAGGAGUCGGCAACAACAGAAAGCAACAGCAACAAAUAAAACGCUGUCAGUGCAUGGGAAUCCGGACUCCCCUUCCCGUCUUUUGUGCGUCUCGCUCGCUGGAUACGCCGCCUUGGCUGGCGUAUAAGAGCUCCCCGCGUCUCCAUUACCAUUCCCCACUACUGGCUUACCUCUACUACUACUCCUCCUCCUUUCACUCCUUGUACCGCUACUAUUAUAAGUAGAGCUACAGUGCCGCCUUUUACUACUGACUGACAUCUCCGGAUUGUUGGACACUCUCUGGAUAAAGAAGGUUUAACAUCUUCAUUAAUCGUCGCUCCACAGUACUGGUGGACCGGACGUCAAAAUGGGCCGCUGGGAUGACUCCUCUCGCCUGUCCCCUGGCCUGAGGCUAGCAGUUGUCACAGUGAUUCUCCUCCUCAAGCUUCAUCCCUCAUUGGCUGGCGCUCCUCCUGACCAUAGCUUGGGUGGCUCCGUUUCAGCGGUGGCCACGAAUAAAAGUGAAUGCAGCAAGCCUGAACCAUGUCAAAAGGGGGUGAUCCUACCUAUUUGGGAGCCCCAAAACCCAUCAUUUGGUGACAAGGUGGCCCGGGCGACAGUUUACUUUGUGGCUUUGGUCUACAUGUUCCUGGGUGUGUCGAUUAUUGCAGAUCGUUUCAUGGCUUCAAUAGAGGUCAUCACAUCACAGGAAAAGGAGAUCACCAUCAAGAAACCCAAUGGCGAAACCACCACCACUACUGUUCGGAUCUGGAACGAGACUGUCUCCAAUCUCACUCUCAUGGCUCUGGGCUCUUCAGCUCCUGAAAUCCUGCUGUCUGUCAUUGAAGUCAUAGGUCAUGGGUUCCAUGCUGGCUCGCUGGGCCCCUCUACUAUCGUGGGUUCUGCUGCGUUCAACAUGUUUGUCAUCAUCGGGAUUUGUGUGUACGUCGUGCCCGAUGGCGAGACGAGGAAGGUCAAGCACCUCCGCGUCUUCUUCGUCACAGCCACCUGGAGUAUCUUCGCUUACAUUUGGCUCUACCUGAUCCUGUCCGUGAUCUCGCCAGGCGUUGUGCAGGUGUGGGAGGGGCUGCUCACAUUCUUCUUCUUCCCCAUCUGUGUGUUGUUCGCCUGGGUGGCCGACCGCCGCCUGCUGUUCUACAAGUAUGUGUACAAGCGCUACCGCACUGGCAAGCAGCGUGGCAUGAUUAUCGAAACAGAGGGAGAUCGUCCACUUCCUUCCAAGGUGGACAUUGAGAUGGAUGGAAAGAUGCUGAACUCCCAUGGUGUUGACUUCCUGGAUGGUCCACUGGGUUUGGAUAUAGAUGAGAAGGAUCUGGAUGAGGAGGAGACUCGCAGAGACAUGGCCAAGAUCCUGAAGGAGCUCAAACAGAAACACCCUGACAAAGAGGUGGAACAACUCAUUGAGCUUGCCAACUACCAAGUCCUGAGCCAGCAGCAGAAGAGCCGUGCUUUCUAUCGAUGCCAGGCCACCCGGCUGAUGACAGGUGCUGGCAAUAUCCUGAAGAAACACGCAGCUGAUCAGGCACGAAAGGCCGUCAGCAUGCACGAGGUUCGAUCCGAUGCUGGUGAUAACGACCCCAUCUCGAAGAUCCUCUUUGAGCCCGGUUCCUACCAGUGCCUUGAGAAUUGCGGCACAGUGGCGGUGAACGUGUUGCGACGUGGUGGCGAUUUGGGCAAAACGGUUUCUGUGGAGUAUCGGACGGAGGACGGCACGGCCAAUGCUGGCUCGGACUACGAGUUCACUGAAGGCGUGGUGGUCUUCAAGCCUGGUGAGACACUGAAGGAGAUCCGUGUGGGCAUCAUUGACGAUGACAUCUUUGAAGAGGAUGAAAACUUCCUGAUUCACCUUUCCAAUGUCAAGGUGUUGACAUCAGAAGGCGAGGAGCCCGAGGAAGGCGAGUCAGCUAAUCACGUCGACUCAGUGGCGUGUCUCGGCAUACCCUCCACAGCGACCGUCACCAUCUUUGAUGACGACCACGCCGGUAUCUUUACAUUUGAGGAGCCUGUAUGCCAUGUGAGCGAGAGUGUUGGCACCAUGGAGGUCAAGGUGCUGAGAACGUCCGGGGCUCGCGGCGUGGUAAUGCUGCCCUACAAGACGGUGGAGGGAACAGCACGAGGCGGCGGAGAGGACUUCGAAGACAGUCAUGGUGUGCUGGAAUUUCAGAACGACGAAAUCUUGAAGAGCAUAACCAUUAGGAUCUUAGACCGGGAGGAGUACAAUAAGCAGUCCUCCUUCUACCUCCUGCUCGAUACGCCCCAAUGGAGACGCAGCGGGAAGGAACGGACAGAGGAACAGCUGAAAGAAGAGGUGGAGGAAGAGGAGCCGCUGGCGGGGAAAGACGACGAGGAACGGCGCAUCGCCGAGAUGGGCCGCCCCAUGCUGGGAGACCACGUCAAACUGGAGGUCAUCAUAGAGGAGUCGUAUGAGUUCAAGAACACAGUGGACAAGCUGAUAAAGAAGACCAACUUGGCUCUGCUGGUGGGGACCAACAGCUGGAGGGACCAGUUCAUAGAGGCCAUCACUGUGAGCGCAGGUGAGGAUGACGACGACGAGGAGUGCGGGGAGGAGAAGCUGCCGUCUUGUUUCGACUACGUCAUGCACUUCCUCACUGUCUUCUGGAAGGUUCUGUUCGCCUUCGUCCCGCCCACAGAGUACUGGAACGGCUGGGCCUGCUUUGUCGUUUCCAUCUGUAUGAUCGGACUGCUCACCGCCGUUAUUGGGGACCUGGCCUCUCAUUUUGGCUGCACAGUGGGCCUGAAAGAUUCAGUCACAGCUGUAGUAUUUGUUGCAUUGGGAACUUCUGUGCCAGAUACCUUUGCCAGUAAGGUGGCUGCUAUCCAGGAUCAGUAUGCAGACGCAUCCAUUGGUAAUGUCACAGGCUCCAAUGCUGUCAAUGUUUUCCUGGGCAUCGGGGUGGCGUGGUCAAUUGCCGCCAUCUACCACAACAGCAAAGGGGAGGAGUUCACGGUUGAUCCAGGUCCACUGGCCUUCUCCGUCACACUCUUCACCAUCUUUGCCUUUAUCUGCGUCGCCGUGCUGAUGUACCGACGGCGACCAGAGAUCGGUGGAGAGUUGGGUGGGCCCCGGACUGCAAAGGUCCUGACCACCAUGCUGUUCGUCAGCCUGUGGCUCCUCUACAUCCUCUUCUCCUCACUGGAGGCCUACUGCCACAUCCAGGGCUUCUAAGAUAACGGAAGAUGAUGAAGGGUGAAGGUGAACAUGGAAGGAAGAAACCAAGGGGAGGUGGAUGAAUGGAUGGAUUUGGAAAUUAAGGCUGUCUCAUUGAUCUAUCACCCCCUCCCUUUACGCAAUAGAUUGAAUGACGAUUGAAUGGAUGGAUGUACAGAUGAAGUAAUGAAGGACACAUUGAAGCAUCUAAAACAGAAUGGAAGGUACAGAUGCAUGGAAGGACAACGACUUACAGGAAAAUCAUAGGAGCAGGAAAGAGAGCUCGGGAGAUGGAGAAAGGAAUAAACUAUGGAAUACAUUUUUUUUUGUCUCGAUCUAUAAUCCAAACCAAUCAAGUUGUCUUAAACCCAUUCCCAUUUUGAAAUCAUCAAACUAAUCCCCAUAUUUGUCCCAGCUGGUUCAACCAUACAGCAAUCAAAAUGAGUUUUAACAAGAGGAGGACACCACACCAUCAUGGCUCCUAGGACAUGUGGCUUCAACAAAAGCUGGCGAACGACUACACUAACAGGCAUGAGUGAGAUAGUUAAAAGACAUAAUAACUGUAUCGAUAUGUAGAUGCAUGGCCAGAAGAUACUGAAAACACAAUCAGAAGAAACCAGAUAUAUUGCCACAAACAUUUAACGACAACAAACUGUGCGUGUGCUGGUGUGUGACUGUGUGUUUCUGUGCUUGUGUGUUGUGGGAAGAUGGUCAAGUACUGUGAAAAAAAACAAACGCCUCUCGUGUUGCUGGAAUAUGCUUUCGUAUUCGAGGUCUUUUUGACUCACACUCUCCCAGCCUGUAGAAAAGCUGACUCUUUUUGUCGGAGGGUACGUUCAGUGAAGCAAAAAUGUUUUGAACGUCACUGAGGUUAGAGAUGUAAAUACAAAGAGCUGAACGUACAUUACAGCUCCACUCUUUUCCUUCUGAAUGUCUCGGUUACGCCAUGCGCUCCUGAUCGGGCCCUCUCUCUCUGUUGCUUUAUACUGUAGAUGUAAAUGAUUUAAGGUCUAAUUUGAAUCAAGAAGGGGUUAGUGUUGCUUUUACCUUUAAUAAGGCCACGUCUGAGAAGACAAAAUGGCCACUCUACCGUUUAAAACUGUUAGAGAAACUAUUAUCAUUGCAGAAAUAUUUAGGUUAAUCUUACGUGUGUUUUGUUUUUUGUUUUUUUGUUUUUUUUUCAACUGUGGAAUUCUGUUACCUGGUUUUCCACCAAUGAGAUUGCCACGAUCAUGCAUCCAUCAUAACAAUGCUACAGACUUUGAAAAAGUUAGGUACCGCCCUCUGUGAAACCUCAUAGUCUGCCUGUUUCUUAACCGCCCCACUGUAAUCGUUUCACUCACUUUGAAGCCGCUUUCCCAAUGGUUCACUCAACAGCUCCUGUCAUUAUCCCGGUGUGUCUUUAGUAUCUCCCCUUGGCUGGUCAGUGGACCAAUCAAAAUCCUCAAGGGCUUUGUAAGAAACAACCACUAAUCCUUAACCCUGAACCUGGAUUUAUAAUUCUUCACAUGGUUGGCAUUUAGGGGGCUUGUUAACAUCAGUUUGUGUUCCUUAAAUUCAGUUGCUGCAGUGUGACAAAAUAAGACACCAUUACACUUUCAUUAAGUGCAGUCGUUGCCAACCCAAGUAUCCAGAAUUAACUAAAUAUUGGAAAAGUCAGUCGGCGGAAACUUAAACUCUUCUGUAGUUUUUCCCAGUUGAUUACAAAAGCAGCCAAUGAACUGUAGUCGGCCUUAUUCCAAAUUGAACCAGUAAUUCCCCCUGCCACCACCACUCAUUAAUAUGCGUCUUAAAUAUACAACCCUUCAGGCAUGUGGAUCAUGAUGGCCUUAACCUUAAGUAAGCAGUGAACAUCUGAUUUAUGGUAGCCCUGUAGGGACACAAAGCAUAGAGUAAAUCUAAUCUCAGAAUCAGCCAGACUUUGUUUAACAAGCUCAUGGAGGUUUGGAGACAAGUGUUGAGCCAUGUAUCACAAAGUGAGUUCAGCUUAUUCAGGAUCUCUUUGGGUUAAACUGGUGAUUCUGAAUAAGCAGUCUAUAUUAGCAAAGCGGGUCUGUUUAUUUAUUCUAAUAUAAGUUUAAUUAAUUGAUUUAGAAUCGAUACAGGAUUAGGCAGUGAAAGGAUUUAGUGGAGAGCUGCAAAGGAAAUCUAAAUUAUACUACUUACAGUACAUCGUACAUCCAUCCCAUUCGCGAUAUCUCAAGAAAAGCCUUGAGGGAAUGUCUUUAAAUUUGGAACAAAUUUUCACCAUGACUCAAGAAUGAGCUGACAAAAUUUUGGAAGCCAAAGCUCAGAGUUAUUGACACUGUGACCUCACAAAUCCCAUUUUUGGCCAUACAAUUUUAUACAAAUAUCGAACAGGAUGAAAUGAUGAAGUUAUAAUAUAUGAUAUCCAAAAUCUCAGAGGUUAAAUGCACUGUGACAUCAUGAUAUCCUGCUUAAAAUGUUCUUCCCAUUAUUCAAAACCAUAGCUCAGGAAAAGCAACUUGACUGGAGCGCGCAGGCAUAGAAACCACAAGGCAGUAAUUCAAGUUUAAUCAAAAAGACAGAUGUUAAAGACGAGUUGAUGAUUCCUUACUCUCUCAUCGUAAUAAAAGAAGAAAUUCUUCUGAUCUAAACAUGUAAUCUCACUUCAUGAUACUGGCAAAAAGAGGGACCUGCAAUGAAGUUACCUGUGGUGUAGUUUUAUUGGAUUUUUUAGUAUGACACACAUUGUCCAAGCCCACAGCGAACUCAAUUUGAGGUUGACUUUCAGCAGGAGUCUCUUUGAGUGAUAGGAUAUGAGUCUGGCUGGAUUAGCUUUUUUAUCUAGAGGAUUUGUGCCGAUGGCUUAACUUGAGUUUUUGGAAAAACGAGGUGAGGUGUGCUGUUACCCUGCAAGACCUGGGCUUGACAGUAUUUAACAGAUUUCAGAACACUAAAUGUUCAAUGAGAGCCGCAUAAAACUGCAAAAGCAACGACUGACAAACUGACCUUAUCAGACACUAACUGGCUGGGAAUCUUCUCUUGUGUCACAGACAAGAAAUACAUUGUGAAAACAUUUCCAUGUGUAUUUUUGUCCUAAAUUAGCCCAAAAGCCAGUCCUGAAAUGUGCAUAGAACACGAUCUUCAAGCCGAACUUUACACUUGAGACUGUUAACUCUUUUACUCGUUCAGCAGACAACACAGAGAUCUCGACAUUCACAAAACUUACUGUAUAUGUAGGCAUUCUAAAAGUCCAUAGUUUGUUGAAUGGCACUAUACUAUAUGCAUCUGAAUUGGCCAGAACUUUCCUGCUGAUGUUGUGUUUUUUUUUUUUACUUGAUGUAUAAUAUAAUAAGUAGUAUCUUAAACGUCAUCUGUAAAGUAAGUAGUCUGGGCUAGAUGUAAUCCAUUUAAAACUUGGCAAAAGUCUUGUCACAGACAGCUUUCAACCCCUGUGAGAGAGUAGAGCUGAGCAGAGCCCUGGAUUGGAUGAGUUUGGCAAAUCCACAGUAUUUUAAAAAUAAUCUAUAUAAAGGUUCCAGGUUGUUUUAUUUUUGGGAUAUAUAUAACUGAUUCUGGAAAACCACUGCAGCAUGACCGAAAAUUUUGGAUCCAUUCAGUUACCUUUUCACAGUCAAAAUGAACAUGAAAUUUUUCUUGUUUUUGCCAAACUCUGCCCCAUGUGAGGCUCUCCAUUAGAGUAGCGAUUCUCUUGUGAAGGCCUUGGAGUGGCAGUUUACCCCUGUUUUGCCAAAGGGAAAUCUUUCUAUCAAAAACUUAAUACUUACACUUCGACCUGUAAAGGGUUUUCUAACCAAUGGAUCUUUCUUAAAACACCAAAUAUUAUUCAUGUUUCAUUAACACUCUGUAAAGAGACAAAAAAUGCCUUGAUAUUGUUUUAACCUAACCAGAGUCUUUCUAUUUAAAUUUGUAUGCAUUUGUCUCUUCACUGGCAAGGAGCUAAAGGUUUAUACACUGUAAAAAGUUAAACGCGAGCUUGCGCAAAAGAAAUAACGUUGUUGGAGCUGUUUGCAUCGCUUUUUGGGUAACUUCAACAGGGUAUAAAAUAUCAUAGAGAUCACUAAAUCGUGUUGGAUUUACUUAAAAUGUGGCUUAAAGCUUGCAGUAAUAUAGUUGUUUGCCUCAAAUUAGUUUGCUGCCAGAAGCUAAUACAUUUCAUUGAUUGGAAGCUAGCUCUUUUUGCUACACCGACUUUAUUGCAUCGCCUCUCUUCAGUGUAUCUACCUUGACUUAAAAGCUAGUCUGAUGUGAAGAGAACGAUCACUGCACACAGCCGCACAGGGUUCGGACCAAGGUGGGAAACUAAACCAACUUCUCCGGGCACGGAAUAGGAAUAAUAGCACUUGAAUUUAGCUUCCUGCUUUGGUUGGACUUCUGAAGUUUGAAGGGUCAAAGGUUAGCCAGGCCACCGCUGUAAAUACAACACUAAGAGCAAGCAAGACAUAGAAAAAUGAGCUAUAGACUGCAGUAGAUUUUCUUUUUACUCUUCCGUUGGGGUUUCAAGAAGUGGUUUUAAGUGAAGGAAAAGCAUUGCACUGGUUUUUGUCGCUUAUGUGAAACGCCUACUACAUUGCUUCUGAUGUAAACAAAACCAACGGAUUUUGUUUUUUGGACUCUGAUGUACACAAUGAUAACGUUGUACCUGAUGUGGUAAAAAAAAAUUAUGUCGAAUCAGUUGUGAACCGUUAACGAUGUUGCUUCUGAUGUAAAGAUUGAUGAUGCGUUUUUUCGUUGCCUCGUUCACUUCUCGACUGAUUGUCUGUCUGACAGACCGAAGAAUAAAAGGAAUGCGACACCAAACAGACUGACAAGCAAACCAACGUAAAAGGAAAGGACACCCCUGCUGGUACAAGCCGAGCAAAUUCACGCUGAGAUGUUGCUACAGUGAUUAAUGUACUGCUGGAGGAAAAAAAACAUUACCAGAGCUAUUCUUUACCCUUAAAGUAACAUUUAAUGAUGUAGGAGGAUGAUGUUUAAGAGAGGAAGGAGGCGGAGGAGAAAGAAGAUGAACAUUAAAAGAAAAAAAAAAACAUGAAGUUACAGCCAUACCUUGAUUUCUGGGUCAGUGAGGUUGAAAUGGACUUCUCCUGCCCAGCAUGUGUAUUGUUAUGGUGUCUAUCUGUCCCCUGUGUGUCUCUUCCCCACCGUUCUUUCUUUCUGCUGCCAAAGCAACCGGAACAGGCAGCAAAACCUUUUGUUCUCUCUUUUUCCUACCCUUUUUUUCCCAAAUGACCCUUUUUACCCUCCGUCCCCCUAUGCCAUGUUUUCCAUAUUUUGGAAUGUCAAUGUGCUACUUGUUGACACUGUGCAUGAAUGAUAACAUGUCUGUAUAUAGUUAUAGAGAAUCGUAUCCCAUUCCCCUGGUGUUGACAAAAUAAUGGUUUGAAUGUUGUACAGAUUCAGGUUUUCUGUUCAUCUUUUACUCUGUUCAGUUACAUUUUUUUUUUUUAAUGUACGUAGAGCUUAAAAAAACAGUAUGUUUUUAAUUUAAACAAAGGCGACAAUGUCUUGUUCUUUGGAGUAAUUGCACAUGAUUUAUAAGGGGUUUUUUUGGUUAAAAAGGCAAUAUCUGCUGUUAUUGAAUGAAAGAUGAGAUCUUAAAGGAGUCAUGUAUCUUAAAUAAAUAAUCUAUACGGGAGUUGCAUGGGUUAUUUGUACAAAAAUUUUUAAAAAGACACUGCUUGCUACUUCUAAUACCAUGACUGUAUUCUCUGACAGACGGCGAGGAAUACUGUGUGUACAUCUAAAGGUUAUUUUGUCAUUAAAGAAAUAAUAACAAUAAUAAUAAUAAUAAUAAUGAUAAUAAUAAUAAUAUCGUGUAUAUACUGUACAGUGUUAUAAGUGAGGUGGACUGUAUGGCCAUCCCGCUAACCGUAGAGAAUUAAUUCUACAUAUUUAUUUAAAGGAAACACUCACUACACUCAAGAAUGACAUAUAUUGCCUUUUUUGGAGAAGUUGUAGUUUGCUUCAAGCUUAUUUCUCUAUCUCUGGCUCGCUCUCUCGCUUUUCACGCUCAUCCUCUUCUCUUCUAUUGCUGGUUUAUUUGACCCAUCUCUUUUUCCCUCCCAUAUCUUUCUGUCUCGUUUAAUUUUCUACUCAAGGGGUGUUUCAGAUGGGCUUUUUGUCAGUCUUUCACUGUUAAAUCUUACUCAGACAGUGUCACUUUAGUCUUUCUGGUGUAUGUCUGUCUGCUCAUCCCACUGACUCAACAGUAUCUCCAUAUCUGCUCUUCUUCUACCAGUCUCCUUGCAGUACAUGUAUAUCCAUCUAUAUUUAAGUACAAUAUAUCAGCCGACGUCUCCGUCUGUAAUCAGCUGACGUCUCCGUAAACAUUUUUCACCAUCUGUCUGACUCAAAUCCAUCUGAUAUUCUUCGUGGUUUGCUAAAUCCCUCUCUUUUCAUGUUUCUUUCCUUUAAUCUGUCUUCUUUUUUCACCUCCAUGCUUCCUUCCACUUUCUCUGUUCUUCUCUUCACUCUCACAGGGUGUAGUUGGGAAUUUCAUGUUUGUCAAAUUUUGAUUUGGUGUGUUUUAUUUUUUUAAAUGGAAUAAUAACCGCAACAGAUAUGAUGUUGGUAAUAACGAAGAUAAUUUUUUCUCUCUCUGUUUUCAGUUUAUCUAUUUUUUCUUUUUUUUGUUCUUUUUGCCGCUGUCCUCAGUGUGUGCGUGCGAGUGUUAAUUUUCAUUUGUUUUCUAUUAAUUUUUGUUGAACACCAACUGAUAGGAGGAAAGAUGUUGUAUGUGUGUUGCCACUAACUGUGACUGCUCUCCAUGGUACUUCUGAUAAAAACCAAUAAAAUAAAGUUUGGGAUACCCUGUUUCAGAGAC